UGUCGGACAGUGCUUACUUACACGUCGACUCGAUUACAAGUAGUGUGCAAUCUUUUUAAGGAAGUGUGUAAAUUUGGCAAUAUGUGUUACUGUACGUGACAAUAGUGCAAUACAUUUAAUUAGAGUGGAUAUAUGUAUAUAAUUAAAUUUAUUGCACGUGGUGAUUAAAUAGGAGAAAAAAGACAAUAUAAAAAUGGCGCUAACAGUACGAAACGGUACGAAAGGAUAUGCAGAAGGGAAGUUUGUGCUUAAUAAUCUCAACAUGAGUGUGGCCCGGGGAGAGAUUUAUGGUCUCCUUGGAGCCAGUGGUUGCGGCAAGACGACCCUGCUCUCAUGUGUCGUCGGCCUUCGUAAACUCGACAGUGGUGAUCUUAUCGUGUUCGCUCAACAAAGGAAAGGUCAUCUGGGUCACUUGUGUGGUUACAUGCCUCAGGAAAUCUCCCUCCUAAACAUUUAUACCAUUCACGAAGCACUCCACCAUUUCGGGAUGAUUUACGGCAUGUCGCACGAAGCUAUUGAAACGAAGAUCAAAUUCCUCACCACCUUUCUCGACCUUCCCCCCACAUCGAGGAUCAUUGAACAUUUAAGUGGGGGUCAAAAGCGGAGGGUGUCCUUGGCCGUGGUCAUGAUCCACAAUCCUGCUCUGCUCAUACUCGACGAACCUACGGUAGGCCUGGAUCCCUUAUUACGACAAAGGAUUUGGGAGCAUUUGGUCGAAAUUUCGAGGACGCGUGGGACCACGAUUGUCAUAUCAACCCAUUAUAUCGAAGAAUGCAAUCGAUGUGAUAAGGUCGGUUUCAUGCGUGGGGGCCAGCUUCUCGCCGAGGACGCGCCGUCUGCCCUCCUCACCCUCUACAACUGCCCUUCUCUAGAGCAGGUCGCUCUCCAGCUUUGUCGCAUGGACGAGAACCAUGCCCCCAUUUCGACCACGCCACAACCCGACAUCACCCGAAAUUCGACCACCCCCGACUGGAUUUUUCAGGAUGAAGGCGUCGUCAAGGCCAAGUCGUUUCGCAGGUUGUCCAUCACCCUGCAAGAUAACGUGGUCUUAUCACCCAUGAAUGUCGAGACGAAUCACGCCUCCAUCAUCCACGCCCUCGUCGUCAAAGCUUGGCGGAGGCGGAAACGAGAUUGGAGGCUAAUUUUUAGCGAACUUUGCAUACCAGUCUUUGUCCUCAUCCUGUUUCAAAACAUUGUUGGCCUAGAACCUCGAAUCCUGCCGGUCUCAUUAGUCACGAACGAUGUCAAUUUGUCCAAUAACUCGCAACUUUUUCAACACUGCGCACAAAACGUGACGAAGCACAAUUCUUCGAAAUGUUUGGAAAACGCAGGGAUUUGCAAUUACUUGGAAACCUUUGAAAACAAUGAGUUCGAAUGGAUCACAACGACGACGUAUCAGGAAGGGUAUGAGAGCAUCCAGAAAGGAAAAACCGUCGCCCUCCUCGCCUUCCCAGGAAACUUUGGGCAUCACAUGAAGGACAGGAUCGUCCACAGGAAUUUUGCAGACAACGAGACCAUCGACGGCUCCACGAUUACGAUCGCUCUGGACGAAUCAAAUUCAAUCUCUUCAUCCUGGAUGAAGGUGACCAUCUUGACCAAAUAUAUCAACUUUAUCGCCAACAUAGCUACGGCUUGUUCCUCAAGUCCUGCCGCGGUCCGACCCCCGCUUCAAUACAACGCAAUCUAUGGAGGCAUUGGGAUCCAAAGUUUCCUAGCAUUUACGCAACCUGGAAUUAUAAUGCUCAUGCUGUACAUGAUGUCCCAGGCGACCGGUGUACUUUGGAUUCUGGAUAGAACGGCGGGGCUUGAGGAUCGCGACUACGCGGCCGGAGCGUCCCUUCGACACCGCAUUGCGGCCAGUGUGGUGACCGACUCGAUCAAAACGGUGAUACAGAUGACCAUCUUUCUUACCCUGUUAUUCGGUUUUUACAACGUUGAGAUUAGAGGAUCCUGGAUAGUGGCGCUCAGCCUGAUAUUUGUGACUUCCAUGUCAGGGGUUGCGAUAGGGUGCAUGAUUUGUUCGCUGCGGGAUAGAGAGCUUGAAGUCAUUAUAAUCAUGGUGUUCGUCAAUGUAAUUCAGGCGUACUCGUCAGGAAGUCUCUUACCCCUGGACUGGGCGCCAUGGUAUUAUCGCCAAUUUUUUUGCAACCUGCUCCCCUCCAGUUUUGCGUCGGAGGCACUCCGCUCCAUAACUUCGAGAGGGUGGGGAUUGGACAACUUCAACGUGGCGAGAGGCUUUCUCAGUGCUGCUGCGUGGGGCUUGUUCUCCCUCGCCGUCGUAGUAUUCAUCGAGCGGAGAAGGCACAAAUGAUCAUUUUCUAGACAAAUUAGUAAAAUUGAGUGAAACGUGCGAUGAUUAGAAGAAAGUAGAAUCCCCGCCAAAAAUUUGGCGGGGAUUAACAAACACAUUACCCCGAAGAGAGUUUCUGAAGUUUUAUUCUAUCCAGGAAGGGAAGACGUUAGAAAUAAAUUCUUACGUACAUGCAAAUUGAUUGUAAAAUUUGUAAAUAUUUAUAGUCAGGAUAUGUUAACUAAAUUAUAAUAUGUACAUAUAUAUAUAUGCAUAACCCAUACAUGCAUGCGUAAGAAAUUCGGUGGACUGUAGAUACUCCAUUGCUCAACUUGAUGAUAUUCAUCCUGACUCAAUUAUCGACUGAGUCAGGAUUCCUGACUAUGAAUAUUCCACAUGUACAUACACAAAAUUACGGAUAAUUAAUAAGAAUGAUAUACAGGGUGUUUAAAAAAAUAUUUAAAUAUGAUAUACAUACAUACAUUUAUUGUACAUAGUUUAUAAUAAAUUUGAAACCGACUGCUUUGAAGUAAAUCUAAUUUUCUCAAUAAAUAUUUUUACAUAAAUAA